UAUUCUUGCCACUGGAAUAUAUGAACGCUCAUGUGCUAAACAUGUCUAGUAACUUAAAGUGAAGAUUUUUUUUCUGCCCACAUCUCUCCUGAACAACAUGCAAUAUUAUGAUGAGCUGUCAUAUAUCCAUAGCACUACCUGACAACACACAGAUGAAGCACUGUUGGAUCUGCAGUGGUAUAAUCCUUUAGAUCAGGCAUCUCCAGCUGAUGUAGUUUGGAGACCCCUGCUUUAGAUUAUCCUAAUAAGAAUUUAGAAUAAUAGUGAUCAAAGCAUUGCAUUACAAACGGCACAGGACUUUGCCAUUACAGAGAGUUGUCCCCAUACAAUGAGCAGACAGAGAAGGAUUUGCUGUGUCAGUGUACAAGCCCCGGCUGCUUCCUGCACUCACCGGCGUGUGUACUGGGGUUGCUAUGGAGACCAGGGAAGCGCUGCCACUCACACCUACAUUGUCCAUACACAGAUCUGAUACAUAGAGCGAUCACUGAUCUUAUUCUGAUCAUCACAGCCAGCCCGGAUUUGGAAGAGUCUGGCUGAUCUCUCGCAGAUAAUGAGUGAAGUGUACAGAAUAUCUUCUAGUGAUGGCAUCCAAUCCCUGGAGAAGCAAUUAGCUUCCCAGUUAUCAGAACUGAAGACAGAAAUAGAAGAAAAUGGAAUUCUUUGUGGUACACCUGGUCAAGCCUACAGCUCUGUUCCCAUACCAAAGGAUAUUUCAUACUUCAGAAAUGAGAGAGAGAUGAUCUUGAAGAGAGGUCUGCAGGUGGCAGGAGUGAAACCAGUUAUUGUUCAGGCUGAUGUUAUGCAGAGAGAGCUGGAGACCUGUCUAAGAAAAGAAUACACUGAAGAUAAUCUUCCUCUUCUAUUGCAUCAGUUUUUCAUUGACAGAAUCCACCACUUAGUGCAGAGUAAAUACUUGAAUAUGCUGAGGUGGAAGAGGUUCUGUCGUCACACUAAAGCCAUAGAGGAGUGUUACCCUCAGUACCAGAAACAAAUUGGUUACAUUAUGCAGGAAUACUUUGAUGCUGUACAAAGAGCAAAGAGAUUGUCUAUCGCAAGAGAACACUUAAUAACUGGAAAAAAAAAUUCUAUUCAUCUAGUAACUGUGGAAGACCUCAUCAUUUACCUGCAGUGGCUAAUAUGUCAUCUGCACUCAGUGAAACCCAUAUUUAACUAUAUCAGGACAUUGCAGCACUUACCAGUGUCAAACCUUGCUGAUACUGUUAUUGAGUCACACUAUAAAGACAAAGAAUGCAAAAAUUUAAGAGAGGGUAAAAUUGUCAAUUCAAGUGAACAGAACUUUGCAGAUGGCACAAAGUGGGAAGGUUACGAAGACCUGCCACAGCAUCAAAUUGGGACAAAAAAUAUAAAGCUUCCUCUCAGAGACUUGUUGUCAAACUUCGAAAUAGACUAUGAUGUUGAAAACCUGAAAAAUACAGCCAGUGAAUUGGAUUUGCUGUCUCUGGUUACCGCUAAAUUUCGCAGCAUAUUUAAGAAACAGCAGACUAUGAGGAUUUUCCCAGUGUAUGAUUCUGGGAUGGAAACAAAGGAUGGAUGGGGCUUUAAAGGGCCACACAUGGCCUUCAAGAAGAUAGCAAACUGGCUCCCAUUUGUAAAGAUUAAACCGAAAAAAGAUCCAUGGCAGCAGAAAUUUUUAAUAAAAUUAAAACAGCAUAAGAAGGUGGAUGAGUUGCUCCUUCUGCAGUCACAGUUCAUAGAGGUGACAAGUGCAGAGAAAGCGAUGGAGGUGCUACAGGAGCAUGCAGCACAAGUAAUACAACCAUCCUCUGUUCACAGCGUAUCAGUUAAGAACACCCAUGACAUCUGGGUAAAAAUUUACACCCCCCUGGACCUGCUUCAGGAUGUAAACACAACCAAUGGAUCACCUCAUGAAAGCGAUGAUAAGGACCUAGACAUUGCAAGUCUUAAUAGGCGACCUGUGUCUUCAAGGCAGAAAAAACAAGCUGGGUACAGUUUCCAGAACACCCUGCAAUUACUGGGAUUAGACGAGGCGGAAGAUAACAACAAAGAUCCUGUAAUGAUGAAAGGUGCUUACUUAUCUCUUCUCUAUCUACGUCAUCUCAGAGUUAAAGAACUUCAGCGCACUUGCCUUGGACAUCUAAAUUAUUUCCGGUCAGUUGAAAGAACUCUAACAAUUGAUAACUCCAGUCUUGUAAGUAAUUCCGGAAAUCUGGAACGCUGUGCUGGAGAAGAGACAAGUUGGGUAACUGCAGCCCAGGGAGGAUCAGGUGUCCCAGGAGGACUAAGAUCUCAUCAGUAUAUGCACCAAACCCCAGCUGAUUUCAAGGUACACAGUGUACAGUUCAUGGAGUUUUCGGACGUGGAGAAUCAUAAUGACUAUUACAUAAUUAAAGAUGGCAUCAUUCACACUCAGGAUCGAAAAGGAGCAUUCAUAGUGUAUGAUGUGGCAUUUGAUGAUCUGCAGGAGUUACAACAUCAACUACUGCUUCUAGCAACUCUUUUCAUUUUGAAAGAAAGAAAUUUCAAAGCAAGUAAAAGAGAAGCUGGUGAUGUGAAUCUCGCUGACUGGGCUCACGUUAAUGUGGAUCGCUUUGCCCUGCUACUUGACCUGUGGACUUGGGAAUGCGCUCUGCUAGAAAACAAGCAGCAGCUUGUAGAUUGUUACUAUGAAGCUUACCAGCAUGUAUGUGAUCCAGAAGAAAAAACUGCCUUGGCACAAGUGAUCACUGACAUCAUGUAUCGGCGCCCACGGUUUGACAUUGGCUCCAAAUACUUCCUGGAAGCCUACCGGGAUGAAUGCCAGUGCCUGAGGCUUCACUUGCAAAUUGUCAGAAAUGUAUUAAAUAAACAGAUAGAAAGCCAAAGGGAAUUUGUUAAGAAGGUUUGGCGGGAUGGCCGUAAAGGAAGUUUCUAUGACUUUGGCCUUCCACUUAACAUCAUCACUAAGCCCAUUGUAUCACUUAACACCAGCAGUCCUGCCCUACAAAAUGUUUACCUCCUGGAGAUUCAUCCUUCUCUUGGAUUGGCCUAUCUUAUCCCUAAAACAUUAGAACACAUAUGUGAGGAAUUUCUACACUCUUGCAUGGCAAAACUACCCAAGGAGGUCUACAGUGUGGAGAAAAGGGUCUUGGAGUUAGCUUUAAAUGAAUGGUCAUCCCAAAAAGAUCUCCAGUCAUCUUUUAUGGCAAAUGUGCACAAGGAUUUGUUCGAAGAAGUGCUGGUGGAAGAUCCACUGAUGGUUAGAGAUAUCUGCAUGCAUGCUUUGAACUCUGUUGAUGAAGAAAAAAAGCAUGGUACAGCAAAGCAAAUCUUCAUUUUGGAAACAUUCAGCAAGAUGAUUGAGCUCAUCACUCUGCGUCAUAGAAUAAUAGAAACGUCAUUAGAAACAGCACUGUUGUCCAGGACUUACACCUAUUUUGCUGAAGAGAUGGGAUUCAAUGAGUUCCACUUACACCUGAGACCUGUACAGUUUGAGUUUGCAACUUACAAGGCACAAGCUGACCAGAUUCCACCCGCGUUCAUUACAUCUCUCCUCGAAGAUGACACCAGUGUGGACAGGUAUUCGCCCUCUGCACAGCUGCUUGCUAUUCAUGAGGUGGAUGACAAUCAGAUUGGAAAGUUCAGCUUCUGGACAAAGGAAGGCAUUUUACAGCUUCUGAGUAAGAAUGGCGUGGAAAAUUUACAAGUGAUACUCAGCUGUCAAGUUAUCCAGAAAAAUUCCCUGAUAGCUGCAACUCAGCUGGCUUUCUUUUGUCAGAUGUCUUCAUGGCUCACCAAGCAGGUUAUGGAUACAAAGGACAGUCAUUUUCAAAGACGAAUGAGUUCUUCCAGUGAAAAGACUUCAUCAUCAUGGUCAGUAGUUGAAAGUCAAACAUCAUUAACCCCUGUACCUAACCCUAAUGGAACCCAAGCAUAUUGGACAAAGAAGAGAUAUCCAGAAGCUUUUAUCUCAAUACAGUUAGAAAAAGUGGGUCCUCGGGAUGCCAUGCUGAACACGUUUCUUCAGAAAAAACAAAUGAUGGGGACUUUAAUGAGAAACCCUGAAGAAGCAGAAAAGGUAAAAAGAGAACUUGUAAAGGAUUACUGCCAGAAGUUGAGCAGAAAGAUUCAUAUCCACUCCCUUAGAGGACAAAUAAUUGCUAAUUGCAACAGCUUGAAGCAGCUUUUGGAAGACUUUCCACUUAUUGAGAAAACCUAUUUCAUCAUAGGACGACAUCAGGAGAAAAAGACUACCAUCAAGGAAGCUCCUGAAGCUGAUGCCAGAGCAUUUCAAGAACGUCCACACGCUUUGCUGACAGACGAUGGAAAGGUUUUUGUUAAUUUGUGGUAUAUUCCCUUCCCAACUGAAGUGCUUGAGAUGUUCAAAAUGCUCCCAGAGAAGGCAGCACAUCAAGCUUUGUACUGCACUCUGCAAAUUGUUGCCGCUCUGCAUGACAUUGUUUCCUAUGUACUUAGCUUUGCACAGCUAGGAAACUCAUGUGGUGAUUCCAGAAGUUUAAAAAACGUGGAGCUGAUGGCCGAUUGGGGAGGCAUAGAAGGAAUAGGAGCGGAGCUGAGAGACAUACAGAAACUUAUAGAUGGCCUUCAAAAUCCUCAUGAUCCAAAAGAAGUAGCCUCAUUACUACUCUUGCGACGUGAAGUUAUGAUCCUGCAGUUUGAUGCGGCUGUACGCCAUUUAAUUCGGGAUGCAUUGCUUUCUACUGGGAAUAUCUCUGCGUUCAGAACAACAACCGACAAUAUGUAUCAUGGACUAACAGCACUGAGCAACUCUGUAGUCGGGACUGCUUUCUCAUCAAUGCUGCCUGUGCCACAGCCUCUUGAUCCCCGUAGUCAUAGAACAUUUAUGCUUUAUCCUUGGAGGACAUUCUUAGCCAAUGGUGGACUCUUUCCACUGACAAUUAAUGGAAUCCAUACCAUUGGGCACUAUAUGCAGUUGUGCCUAUGUGAUAUGACAGACCAUGAACGCAGUGUGGCUCAUGGAGAACUUGUGGGGGUUCAUCUUUUAAUGGAGGACAUACUUCAAGGCAAAUACAACUUUAUUUCCUUUACCAUUGAAGGGAACCUGGAUGAAAAAAAGAUGCUGACUGACAAAUCACCUGCAGGAGAAGAACAGCCAGUGUCAAAAAGCUCCCAAAUGGAUCAAUCACACCAAGAUCCAAUUUCAGAAUACAGACAGUUGAGGUCCUUUCUAAUACUGUGGAAACAGUUGGAAGUAUUUAAAGAAAGAUGGGCAAAAAAGAAACUUGGUGUUGAGGAAAUAAACACUGUUCGUCUGUAUAGACAGUUUUGUGAAAUGUACAGAGAUGAAAUCUUUUAUCCUACUAUGAAAGCAAUUGCUCGUCAAAUGGGAAAGGAGGGGGAGUUUGAAGGGCUGACGCUGAGAUCUCAGGUGGUGCUUCCUCCUAUAGGGGCAUCUGAGAUUGACAUUCGAGUUCAACAGCUCCAGAAAAUAAUGGAAAGUUUUGAAAGUGAUAUGAUACUUGAUGUACAGAAAAAGAUUGCAAAAGAGAUUACAUUAGUGGUAUCUGAAAGAACAAGAGAAGGAAGAGGGCUUCCAACAGAUUUGUGGAAGAAACCAGCUAUAAAAGAAAACUUUUUUCCUGAUAGGCCAGAAAUUGUGGAAGCAUUUGUACAGCAGCUAAUGAAUGAACACCAGGAUAACCCAACAGAGGUGAUUUUUAGAAAGGAACAUUUAGAACGAUGUCUUACAUCAUUGGCUUGCAAUAUCAUGGCAAGAGAGCGGAGCAACUAUGAGGCCUACUCCAUGUUUUAUGAAAACCUUCUUCAACAGGAACAUCAAUUGUUGUAUCAGAAAGAGCAGGAGAUGCUUGCAGUAACAGGAGGAGAGCAGAGGGGAAAUGAAAAUGAAAUCUAUGAGACCGCUGACAUAACCCAUGAUCUCGUAGUUGAAAUAACAGCACUCAGAGCUAAGCUUCAAGAUACGGAAGAAGAAGCCAUGGCUGCUACCCAGGUGGUGAGGAGACAGGUGCAGGAUGAAUAUGAAGCCUUAGUGAGGACUCUUUUUGCUGCUUGUGUGUCUCUAAAGUCUAAAAUAGAUGGCUAUCAUAUCGAUAUGAACAAACAAGUGACUGAACUUAUCAGUGAUGUUCGAAAAGAAGGAGUGGACAACAUGAUUCUUUUGAGAAAAAAAUAUGGCUCACUAAAAAAUGAGAGUACUUUAAAAAGCACGUUAUCAAUGCAUGACAGGCUACAUUCACUACGAGAUGAGAACAGCCAGCUACAAGCAUUAAUCUGCAAAAUCAAAGCUCUGAAUAAAUGGAAGAUGACAGCCAGAGAAGGAAAGUUACGGGAGACGCUAGGAAAAGCCGAAACGGAGGCUGUUCAGGACAAAAAAGAAAGCUUGAAGUUAAAGCUGAGAGUGGAGCAAGAGGUGGCCUUGCUACGUCAAGAGCUCGUGGUUGCAAGGACAGCCUUGUCAAGGACACAAGCUGAUGCCAGUAAAGUAAAACAACAGCUGGUCAGACAGAAACAACUGCUGGAUGAGUCUGAGCAUAGACACUCACAAGAGGCAAGAAGCAGGCAGCAGCUUGAUAGUGUUCUGUCCGCCAGCAUGGAUAAACUACUAGUGGACAUUGACGAUAAAGAGCAGAAGCUGCGCUCACUCACCGAAGAAGCGGACAGAUCAUCUAAAAUGAGUCAGAUUCAGCAAAGUAAAGUUAAAAAAGAAGUUAAGCAGAUAAAAUCACAGCUCGUGCAGGAAAGAACCCUAAAAUGUGAAGCUUUCCAGCGUGUGGAUGAGUUGCAAACCCAAGUAUAUGACAUGGAAAUUGGCAGUUCUUCGAGAAACACACCCAUAGGAAUGAGAAAGUCAUCAGCUUCAAUCCAGUCCCAUAAAAUCAGAAGUUAUUCCGCAGUUACUUCUGCCGCACCUCUGCAUUUCAACCGAGAAGAGUGGGAUAUCGUCCAAUAUGUUCCAAGAUCUGAAACCAGAGCAAGCACCCACAGAGAGAUGAGACUCCAGAGGCCUAAAACUGUACCAAGCAGAUGCAGAGUGCCAGAUCUCAUGGACAGUACAUCUCAAGCCAUCCUCACACAACUGAAUGAACUACGACUAAAUACUAAAUAAAACUGGUGAUUUCUAUGUUGCAAUUAUUACAAAUAUUGAUCUGAAGUUAGGAUCAUCUCUCCUCUAAAACGUUCCCUGUACGUGUAUUCAAUACCAGGCACUUUUACCCCCUCCUGCCCAGGCCAAUUUUCAGCUUUCAGUGCUGUCGCACUUUGAAUG